UAUAGGGGUCUAAAUCUGCAGUCGCAAUUCAUUUUAAUUGCGGAUUUUUCAAUUCUCAGUACAAAAUUAUUCUGUGAAAAUUGCUUCUCAGCUGAUACGUGUGAGUGUCUCAUCUUUGAAAUUAUCAUUUAACCCCUCUGUGGUUCAUACGAAAACUGGGGCCAAUGACCACUAGGCCCGUGAAUCCGUGCGAAAUUGGCAGACUCAUGAAAAAAAUAAAGAAAAAAUUGAUAUAUUUUGGACCUUGAGACGAAUUUGUGAGGCUAUUCUACGCAUCUGGGAAAAGAGUUUUCAAGUUUGCGCGCCGUGAACACAGCUGGGGGAGUUUGCAAAAGUGGUUUGCAAUGAUCUUUGGGGGAAUUGGGAACUCGCGCUGUGCUAGGAGCGCUCGCUCACCCACCUUGUCCCACGGCAGCCCCAGUGUGUGCGCGAAAGAGGCCCCCCGACCAAAUCUGUGUAACCUGACGCAAUCGGAAUUGAUAAUUUGAUUCGUGGAUGGAAAAUUAAUUCGGCGUGGAAUUAAAUAACAAUAGGCAAAGAAGAGUGACGUGCACACACCACUCUGUUCUCUCCCCCCGGACACUUUCGCGCGAGUUGCCUUGAGGAUUUUUUGGGUUGUCUGUGAGGUGCUGUGGGUACGUUUCAACAGGCGCUAAGCUAGUAUUGUAGGAAUCAGAGCACAGUGAGAAUGCGAAGCGUACGGAGCAGCCUCAAUUUGGGGCGGAUUGCUGUCAAUAGUCAGAACAUCAAGGGGAGAACAAGUUUACUGUGCUUGGCAGCAGCUGUAAAUACCAAUAGUCACCUUUUGGUAGAACAAAACAGAAAAUUUCACCUGUGUGCCCCCACAUGUAAGUCCGCAAAAGACGGUGGCAGCGGUCCAACGCCACCAACUGGCAAUGGUGGUAGUAGUGCUGCAGGAAGUGGUGGUGGCAAGGAGCCUCCGUCGAAGAAGAAUGUGCUCUCAUGCCCAAAGUGUGGAGAUCCCUGUUCCCACGUUGAGACAUUUGUCACAUCCACGCGAUUUGUUAAGUGCGAAAAGUGCCACCAUUUCUUUGUGGUCCUCAGUGAGGUGGAUUCCAAGAAGACGGUGAAGGAGGAGGUAAAGAAUCAUCGUCGGCCACCGCCACCCCCUAAGAAGAUCAUGGAGUACCUCGAUCGUCAUGUUGUUGGGCAGGAUUUAGCAAAGAAGGUUCUCUCUGUGGCUGUGUACAAUCACUACAAGCGCAUCUACCACAAUAUCCCAGCUUCAGUGUCCAACAGCAAUACAACGUCUCAGAAUGAGAAUUUGGCACGCAAUGACCUUUUGCACAUCUCUGGCAUUGGACACACCAUGAUGAGUAGUUCACCGUCGGAAAUGCCACGCUCUCCGCCAACACAGCAGAGUCCAAUGGGGGCAAAUACAACAGGAUCCGUACUGCUGGAUAAGCAAACGUACGAACUGAAGCUGGAGAAGAGCAAUAUCCUCAUGCUGGGACCCACGGGCUCGGGGAAGACGCUACUCGCGCAGACUAUUGCAAAAUGCCUCGAUGUUCCCUUUGCCAUCUGCGAUUGCACCACACUAACACAGGCUGGCUAUGUGGGCGAGGACAUUGAGAGUGUCAUUGCAAAAUUGCUCCAGGAUGCCAAUUAUAGCGUUGAACGUGCCCAAACGGGAAUUGUCUUCCUCGAUGAGGUGGACAAAAUCGGUGCUGUGCCGGGAAUUCAUCAGCUUCGCGAUGUGGGUGGCGAAGGUGUACAACAGGGUAUGCUGAAGAUGCUCGAGGGGACCAUUGUGAAUGUCCCUGAAAGGAAUUCACCGCGAAAACUUCGUGGGGAAACAGUACAGGUGGAUACAACGAAUAUCCUUUUUGUGGCUUCUGGUGCCUAUACGGGACUCGAUCGUCUCAUCGCACGGCGCCUCAAUGAAAAAUAUCUGGGCUUUGGGAUGCCAGCUGCGUCAUCGGAGGGACGUCGAGCGGCACAAGCUGUGGCAUCACCUAUGGACAAUGAUCAAGCAGAACGUGAUGCAUGCUUAAGGAAGGUCCAGGCAAAGGAUUUAGUGGAAUUCGGGAUGAUUCCUGAAUUUGUCGGACGCUUCCCAGUGCUGGUCCCAUUCCACAGUCUCGAUGUGAAUAUGUUGGUGAGAAUACUGACGGAGCCCCGCAAUGCCCUUGUGCCGCAGUACAGAGCACUUUUGGGAAUGGAUCAGGUGGAAUUGUCCUUCACCAAUGACGCCCUCCAGGCCAUUGCACAGCAAGCGAUGGAGCGACAAACGGGGGCACGCGGACUGCGGGCAAUAAUGGAGAAUCUGCUGCUUGACCCGAUGUUUGAGGUGCCUGCAUCAGAUGUCAAGGAAGUCCUAAUUGAUGAGAAUUGCGUGAGGGAACAGACGACGCCACACUACAUCCGCAAUAAGGAUCCAGUGCGUACGAAUGCAUCAAAGGAUACAUCCCUGAGCCCAACGACAAACCCAGAAGAGGAGGAGAGUACAAAGGUGCGUGUCCAGCAAUAGCAAACAGCCACAGAGCGCUCAACAUGAGAGGCCAUAAAGAGAUGUAAGAGAAUUAUUAAUAAUAUUGAGAGAAUUACCUACCAUAUUAUACAUAAUAUCCACACAAAACCCUUUGGCGCCGUGAAUGAACUAUAUACUAUAUUAUUUCCUUCUCCUCCAAUUUCUCAAGCAUAAAACAAAAACAUUUAGGGGUGUCUAUGAAAGCAUAAAAAAUGAUGAAAAAAAACUGUAAAAUGGCAAAAAAAUAUGUAGAUAAAAUGGGAUGAGAAUUGAGAAUAUUUAAAAUGAUGAUGAAAAAUAAUUUUAUUAUAAAGAUCGUACCACGAGUUAAUUCAAAACAAUUAAUAUCGCUUCCGGUGCGAUUUAGGACAAAAAGAAAACAAAUAAAAUGUGUUGAUUUUCACAGGAUUUAUUUUUAUUAAAUUUCAAAUGAAAAAAAAUAGAAGAAAAAUGAAUACAAAA